AUGGUUAUAGCAACUGAAAUAGCGGAUACAAGUCAUGUGCAUGGCGUGUCCACCAAUUUCGAACAACCCCACUCAUAUACCAAUACCCAAACAAAGAUACGAGAACCCCCCAUUAGAAAGAAAAAGAGAAAGACAAGAGGAAAUAAGAAAUCAUCCCAAGAUAAGGAAUCAAUAGAUAAUAAUAAAGAUCGAAUGGUUGUUGCUUCCAAUGAUAAAGUUGAUUCUUCAACCUCAAUCACGCCCCAGGAAAAUUAUCAACAACAGCCUACUUCAGAUAAUGCUAGUCCUCGAAGGCAAGCUCUAAUGCGAUAUAAGAAAGGAAAUACAAAUAUGAAUAACAAAUUAACUGAAAUGAAAGAACAUCUACGAUCUAAGACCUCGGUUGAUGAGGAAGGGUCUUCUGGGCUUCCCCAGUUGGAUAUGGAUGAAAAAGUUACUUUAUUUAGAUAUAAAUCUUGUAAGAUUGUACUGUUUUCCGAGGCAGCGAAUAAUACGUUUACAGAAACUGGCACUGGAACGCUUCUUGCUUAUGGGGAGUUUGAGAUUUUUCAAUUACAUAAUGGAGAUGUAACAUAUAUUUCAUGUGGAAAUUCCUUUAUUUACCCCUUGCUACCUAAAAUGAAUCUUAUACGAAUUGGAUUUGGACAGUUUAUAAUUCCAUUGGUGAACCCCGACAGAUAUUGGAAAAUAUCUAUUAAUACAGAAGAACCUAAUGUUGUUGAUAUCUUGCUGUCUACAUUUGGACGAAUCGUUCAGUAUAAGGAUUUAUAUCAAUCAAUACAGAAUAAUGACGAGGUAACGAAUAAAAAAUCAGACAGUAGUACGCAGAAUAUCACCAGUGCACCCUUGUCCUCGGAGCAGUUAGAAAAAGUGCAACCAUUAACCACAUUAGCACACUUUCCUGUAAUCUCGGAAAGUAUUCCCGAAUCUCCACCUUCGAGCCCUGGUUCAGUUAACCCUAGACUACACUAUCUCAAUGAUCUCCCAAGAGUUAGCAAAGACUAUAUCGCAAUGAAGACUGUUUCUCAAGGAAUGGCGCACAUGGAAUUAUCUGCUUUCACAAAUUCCCAGAAGGAUCAUUUCAGUCAUGGGUUGCAUUCAAACCUGAAACAAGCGAUCGGGUUAGACCAAGAAUUAGACGCGUCCAUGGAUUCGUUACUUGAUGAGUAUGAAGAAACUUUAACCCAGGCUGCUUCUCGACCGGCUUCGAGAAGGCAAUCCAUAUCCGGAAGUGUUCGUCCCAAGGACAUCAGAUCGCUGAUUUAUGACGAUGCUUACGAUGGCUUGGACAACAUUCCAUCAUUGAGUGAAUAUAACCGUCGAAAAAAGGGUGCUAUAUCUCGAAGAUCAUCCAGGAGUGACUUGUAUACAUCUGAAAGUGGUUGGAUGGAGCCGACUCUUGGUGUAAAUGCAGCAGAUCCAAAUCCUAUAAAUGCAGUUGGAACUUCAGCUAGAAUCCCCAAAACAAGAUCCCAUUAUAGCAUCAACAGUUUUAAAAGUUGUGAUUUAAACCAGAUUUAUCAAUCAAUAAAUAAGCGUCAAUUUCAAAAUGGGAGGGUGACUGUUCGAGAACCACAAUCAGUCACUCGAGAUGAUCGUUAUUCGAUCAGAUCUAUGCCUAUAGCGCGGAAUAGAAAUCAGGCGGUCCCACUUGGAUUGAGCAGCAAUCCUUUUGGCUCAGCUACAAUUACACGGAAGCCCCAAGAGAAUCUAGAAAAAGUGGCACCGAAUGAAAUCACUUUAAAAUCUGGAGAUAUAUAUCAACUCCUCAGUUCAAAGGAAACAAAAGACAUCAAGCAAACUCGUCGUGCAAGUUUUGCUUCUAGAAUUUUUGGUUGGUAA